GGAAGUGACAACACAGACGACUGGUUCUAGGCAAAACAGAAACAACAGGGACUCUCAGAGACAUCUUCAACGUCUAUUUGCGGAUUUUCUACGUUUUUAGUCGCAGUUCUGACCUCAGACUGCUCUCUUGUGCCUUUCGCGAUGUUUUCUUUUGCACUCGGAAGACAACCCGCGGCCACUUGGUUGGUUUUUGGUGGCUUCUUGCUGUAUUUUAGCUUCGUUAGCCUGGGGGAGUGCCAAACCAGCCCGCCUCCGCCGACCCCCUGCGCUUCAUUCAGGACGUGUGACAGCUGCGUUCCCCACGCCAAGUGUCUGUGGUGCCUCACCACCAACAACUGCACCGAGUACCCCGUGAGCUGGUUGCUGCCUCCGGCGUCCCUGUGCCAGCUGUCCCAGGCCCGCUGGGGAGUGUGUUGGUUGAACUUUGAAGCCUUGAUCAUCACCCUGGCUGUGGUGGGAGGAGUCAUCCUCAUCAGCAUCGCCGUCUGCUGCUGCUGCUGCUGCUGCUGCAAGAGGCGUCCGUCCAGGCCUGACAGAGACGAUGAGAGUUUUGCCAGGAGGAGAGAGGAGAUCAAACAGCGAGCUGAAGACCGGAAGGUGGAGAGGAAGGCGCGGCACGAUGAGAUCCGCCGGAAGUACGGUCUGAUCGGGGACGCCGACCACCCGUACAGCAAGUUUGAGAACGAGUAAAGAGGCUGCGCUGGAGGACCGGGAGCUUCAGGUGUUUCCUGGUUUCAGCCCCACCACAGAUGAUCAGAUGAUGCUGCAGAGUCCUCGCACACACACACACACACAACCUGACGUCUGAGUUCUUCUGAUGAUGGAAGCUUGUUUUUAAACUUUCUGCUCAUUUCUCUCUUCUGAAGUCGUUUGUCAUCUUUUUUUAGAUUUCCUGCUUUCAUCACAGCUGUUGCACUUUGUAGAUAAAGUUUUGAUUGAAUGACACAAUUUUAAUUGUAUCACUGUUUUGUUCCUUUACAUGAAUAAAACUUGUUUAAUAAAGAUUUAGUUUUA